UCGAGUUUAACUUUUGGAUUCAGAGGAAACGCUUAUUUGCUGCACCCUAGAGGCGUCGCCUGUAAGUUUCGUUUUUCCUUCUCCGCUCGGUAACUUUCGUUUUCCUGACCACAGCCGACUGCAGCUACACUGAAACCCGCCGACACCAGAACCGGAACAUGGCCCGGCACCUGAAGCUUCUCGUCCAGCGGUGGUCGUCCCGUGUUUUCUCCGUGGAAGUGGACGCAGCGCCGCGGUACUUUGGGGUCAGAGAGCAGCUCCGUGGGGAACCGGUGCCGCCUGAUGUGUUCAGUGAGGUCCAGAAGCAGGACAGAUGUUACUCCCUGCUGGUCUGCAGCGGGGACCGGGUCACAGGAGACAGGUUUCACUGGGAGCUGAGAGACCGGCUGCAGACUCAGCUGCCACCGGGCUCCGGGCUCCGGUCCAUGUCCUCCUUCAUCCCGGACCAGAAGGGCUCGCUGCUCAAAGGGUAUUUCCUCCAAAGCCGGGCUGGGAAUUCAUCGCUGAUUGAGGACAUUUUAACAGAUUUGGAGCAGAGAAACCCCGUGUUGGUGUGUUCAUACUCCCAAAGUGAAGACGGCCAGCAGUGGACUCAGUGUCUCUGGUACCAGUCUGAGGAGAACCCGGUCAGGUUCUGCGUGGUGCCUUCAGAAACACCAAAACAUCAUCCAUCAGUUCUCAACAUGAUCAACUCUGAUGUCUUCUACAGCCUGGAGGAGGCCUGCGACGUGCUGAAACAGUGUGGUGACAUCAUCCCAGAGACCCGGUCUGUACUGGGGAUGCUUCCCAGCAGCCUGGAUGCCAGAAGAAAACCAGACUUCCCAGUGAUUGUCAUAGAGGGCCUGGAUGCCACAGGAAAGACGACGCUGACAGAGUCUCUGCGGGACUCUCUGGGGGCCACGCUUCUGCGGUCGCCUCCCCAGUGCUUGUCCGCCUGGAGAGGGCGCUUCGAUCGAGAACCACCCCUCAUCCGCAGGGCUUUCUAUGCAGUGGGCAACUACAUCACCGCUGAGCAGAUAAACCAAGAGGCCAGCAAGUCUCCUGUUAUCGUUGACAGGUUCUGGCACAGCACAGCAGCGUACGCCAUCGCCACCGCAGUAACCGGCCCAGUGAGUAACCUUCCACACGAGGGCGCCGAGGUGUACCGUUGGCCCGGUGACCUCCUGCAGCCCAGCCUGGUGAUCUUACUCACCCUGGACCCGGAGGAGAGGAAGAGGCGGCUGAGGAGCAGAGGUCUGAUGAAGACCGACGAGGAGGAGGAGCUGGAUCACAACAAACUUUUCAGACUCAGAGUAGAGGAAGCUUAUCGGCGGAUCGGCGGCCCAGCCUGCACCGCCCUGGAUGCGAGCCCCUCUGCAGACCUGGUGCUCCAACAAGCGCUGCUUUUAAUUAGGGCCAAAUGCCACUUGUAAACAGUCCUCCCUGCCUCCCCCUGCAGCUGGCUGCUGCAGUACCUGCUGCCGCCGCUGGGUGGCAGUAAGGUGUCGCCGAUGCGGGAGGGCAGGCGCCCAGAUUGGAGUGUGGAAAAGAGAUUCUGCUCACAAUGAGUAAAGGUUGAGUGGCCAGGAGCCAGAACGGCAUGCUGCAGAAAAAAAUACAUAUUAAUGGAGAACACAAACAUUCUCUCACAGGAGGAUUGUCUAAAAAAAAAGAAGUCUGUUUCACUUCACAGCGAUGAGAAUCACACCUAAGCUGUAAAUGAUGCAUGCAGCUUUCUAACUUAAUAGGUUAAAUUGUCUUAAAUUUUCAAAACGAAACUGUAAAUUUGAACACAUCUUAUUAAAGUAAAAAAUACUCAGUUUGUGUUGCUAACUUUGGCUAGGUUUCACUAAAAAUAACCUUAUUUAAAGCAGAGCUCUGCUGUAAAUUUAAAUAUGCAACAAGUGUAAAUAAAAUUAUUUUGUAUAUUUAUAAAUGUGCAGAGUAAGUGAAAUAUAUAAAAUUAAAAUAUUAUUUGUUUUUGAAAAGAAAUACAACUAAAGAGUCUGAGCUGCAAUGGAGAAAUAACAUGUAUUUAGAAAGAUUAUUAUUUAAUUUUAUUCAUUUUGUUAAGGAAUUUUAAAUAAAGUGGAUUAAAGUUUAACAGGUCAGAUAUAUCU